AUGCAGGACAAAUGCGAAAUUAUAACAACUGCAGCACCACCAUCAUCAUCAUCAACAGCAGCCUGUACAGAGACUGUUCCACCACAGCAAGAAGAUAUAUCAACAACACCUCAUUGCAACCGCUGCAAAGACAAAGGUGUGAACUAUUAUCUGACCAACAAUAAUUCUCCAAAGGCCAAAUUGCUGCGUGUCCUUAUUGUAGCCUUCGCCACCAUUUGCACCAUUUAUGUAUGUCUUUUAUCCUCACAACGUUAUUUCAAUAGUUGGGUACAGACUGUUAUUGAACGCACUGAUGUUCAUGUGUCCGAAAUUCCCUUCCCAGCCAUUACCAUUUGUCCUGUGAGAGGUAUAAAUCUGUUGCGACUGCAGAACAAGAACGGAUCAUUUGAUACACCAUCCCUACGCACCAAAAAGGAAAUGCAAGAGUUUCGCUUGUUAUUGCAUGCUUUCAACGAUGUUUUGUGGUCACCCCUCCUGGAUUACGAUAAUGAGUUUGAUGUUUUCGAUUUAAAAUACAAUAAGAAUCAUCAUCACAUUCAAGCCCAACGUCACGAUGACCACAGAAGUUUUAAAAAUGCAAAGUUUUUGGAGUAUUUGUCUGCGCAGGAAGAGCCUCAUCCAUUUUCUUUAUUUGAUUUGGGCAGUUUGUUGUUUUAUGUAACAUUCGAAUGUGAGGACGUAUUUGCUGAAUGCACAUGGCGGAGGUCAAAAAUCUCCUGUUGCAAUCUAUUUCGUAAAAUAGAAACAUAUAAAGGAAUUUGUUAUGCCUUCAAUUCAAUGCAUGUUCAGGAUCCAAUUCCAACAUGGCCUUGGGUGGUGUCUGAUUCUGGCUUACAGACAGGCCUUCGGGUUUUAAUAAAACGUGGCGCUAUUGCAAAUUAUUAUGAAAAAGUAGCGGCCAUGGUGCAUGAUCCCAACGAAAUUGGAACCUCGGAUAUAAUUUACUUAAAUAGCGAAAGUGUAGUAAUCACUGUAAAUCCACUACGUUUUACAGCUGAUUAUGACAUACAUUCCGUGAAACCAGAACUCAGACAUUGCUACUUUACGCACGAAUUAAAAUUAUUGGGUAAAAGUCGCUCGAUAUGUAUGCGAAAUUGUCGUUUGUUAUAUAUCGAAAGAAAUUGUAAUUGUACGUAUAUUUUACCAAUGGCUGCGAGAAGUUCAAGCGACCGAGGUUCUUUGCCAAUGUGUGGGGUUUCACAUUUGAAAUGUAUCUAUAAACAUCGAAGCGCCCUGCUAACCACGGGUAACUUUUUGGGCGAAAACAUAGAUGAUGUUGAGUUUAAUACAAUGGAUUGCAAAUGUUAUCCAAACUGCAACUACAUACAAUACAGGACCAUGGUGAAUACCGACAAUACAGGAGAAACACAUGGUAAAAAUUAUAUCGAUCUACAGGUCCAAUAUCAACAAGACACAUUAUUUUCGUAUCGUUCAACUUUAUGUUUCAAUUUAUUGGACUUGAUAGUUUCAUAUGGAGGCAUUGCUGGUCUAUUUCUGGGACUUUCACUGGUUGGCAUUAUUGAGCUGUUGCAUGAUUUCAUCGUUUGCUGGAAAAGACGAAAACAAAUUAAACGUCUGCAAACACAUGGGCAACAAUAUGAGAACAAGAACAACAAUAACGGCGAUGACGGUGAAACUCAGAAAAGGGAUGUAAAUUCAACAAACUAAAAUGUAAAGAAAAGAAGAUAACAACAAAAAAAUUCAAUAUUCAAAGAUUUCAA